AGAACAAUAACAAACAUGCCAAACAAAUUGGAGGGCCUUGUCAAUCUAACAGAUCUGGAUCUAUCAUUUAAUGAUCUACCAAGAGUUCCUGAGCCAGUGUACCUGAUUGCCAGCCUGAAAAGAGUAAAUUUGUCACACAACCAGAUCACUGAAGUGUCUACACUCAUGGAUACAUGGACACAAGUAGAGACAUUGAACUUAUCAAGGAAUCAACUUACAGGAAUUCCAGCUGCACUUUGCAAACUGGUGGCCCUCAAGCGAUUUUUUAUCAAUGGUAAGCAUCAUCAGCAAUAG